GUGCGCCCGUGUCGAUCGUAUCACCCCACGCCGUUUCGGAACAUCAAUACAAUAUUGAUUAUACAUAUCCCCAUAAUAUCAUAUUACAACUAAAUUAAACUGUUAAAAAAACAGUUUACGAGUUUUUAAGUUAACCAUUUUUAAAUAAUAUAUCGAGUGUGCCGACUUUUAUGGUUGACAUUUAUUAAUUUUUUAUACGCUCAAUCUAAUUAUUUUUUUAUGUUGACAUUGAAUACCGUUUUUAGUCUAUGUUAACAGAAACGAGUUUUGGACUGUAAUACAGGUUAACCUGUGCAGUAUUAUUUUGAUCAUCAUUAUCAUGUCUGAAAGAGUUUUUGGAUAACGUCAAGUGUAGAAAUGCCAGAAGAUAUGGUGACAAUUGCGUUUCUGCUUAUUACUGUCGCGGGUACGUUUCUUUCUACCGUCGUCGAGAGCUCUGUCGUCAAAGCCAAAGCACAAUGUGUGAAUUCAAAAGAUUCUCGGGGCCUCUUGGUGGCGGAUUGUUCCAGAAACGAUCUCUCUGUCGUACCGGAAAAUGUUAUGAGUGACGUAGAGUCGUUAGACUUGCGGCACAAUUACAUCCGUAAACUGACAAAUGACAGUUUUACGAUUUACCCGUCAAUCAAGAAACUGUACUUGUCUACAAACGCCAUCUUCAUGGUGGAAGCGGCCGCGUUCGACCCGCUCGACGACCUGGAAAUACUCGAUCUGGAACAAAACGCCUUGAAAGGUGUUCCGCCUGGUCUGCCCAAAGCUUUGAAGAAACUAUAUUUAAGCUCUAACCCGUUGGGAGACGUCCCAGACAACAACGCCAAGGCCGAUAUGACCCACCUGGCCGAGGCCGUCGGCCUCCAGGUGUUGCACAUGCGUGACUGCGAACUGCGCCGUUUUCCCCACAUGGGCCUACUGCCCAAUCUGGUGGAGCUCGACUUGGCCAGCAACCCAAUACGCGAGAUCGCGCCGUCAGACUUGGCCCAGCUCUGUCGCUUGACCAAGCUGAACGUCAACGAAACGGAACUGUUCCGGGACCAACAAAACGUUUGCCAAUGCCGCCAGCUGGAGAAAUGGGCAAACGAAUAUAAGGUGAUCAUCAUCGGCAUGAAGUGCCCGGACGUUGUUACGGAUGAACCGUUGAACGAAAACUGCACCGCGAUAACCGACGAGGCGCGGGCCGUCUACAAGGAGUGCAUGUCCGAAUGGGAGCACAGGAACAUGCCGUAUUGGGCGAUCGGUUCGGGUUUGCUGAUCAUCGUAGCUAUUAUAUUUAUAUUGUGCCUGUGUUGGCGUCGCAGAAAGCGCUCGGACAAAACUCAAUCCGUGCCGACCAGUGACAGCAAAGAAAACGAUCCGGGCAACAACAAAGCAGAGCCUACGUUGCUGUCGCCUUAAAAGUUUCCGUUCUUAUACUCCUAAUUGAAAAAAAAUAUACAUAAUUGAAAUAAUUUCAAAGAUAGGCGCUGUAAUAAUUAUUUUAUUUGAUUUUUUAAGUACAUUAUGCACGUACAGCGUACUUGCAUUUGCCUCGUACAGCGUAAUGCGUUUUUACGAUUAUUUCUUUAACAAUUUGUAUGAUCUCUAAACGCGGGUUUCGCGAUGAUUCACCUACUAUAAUAUUCAGUACAAUUUUGUUAUCAACGUUCUACUGUUAAGACGCGACUAUUUGAAUUUAACUGAGUGAUUUUACUCUACUAUUGUUUAUUGUCCGAACCUUUGCGAAAACGGUCAAUUUUGAGACUACUCGGGAUUUGUAAAUUUUAACACGCGAACAAUAUGUUAUUGUCUUUUUAUAAUUAUUGUUAAUGUAAGUGCAAUUUGCUUGUUGUUGUUGAACACUCUUAUUAUACCUAAGUUUUUUACAAACCAAUGAUUCCUAGCACAUUACAGCGAUAACAACGCAAUAACAUCACGUAAUAUAAUAAUAUUAUAAUAGUAUAGUGUUACUAUAAUUCUAGUAUAAUAUUAGUGUUCUCGGUUCGAAUUUGAUUAUUGUCUGUAUCAUGCCUAUAAUCUAUAUUAUAUAUGAUGGAAACACGCUGAAUAUUUCAAUACAUAUUUUUUAUUACACUAGCUGCUUUAAAAGCUACUUUUUAAAAAAAUUUAUUUUUAAUUUAAGUUUGUUUAAAACGGUUAAGACAAUAAG